UGUAUUACAUUGAGCAAUUAAAGCUUCACUAGCAAAAAUUUGGCAGAAUUUUGUAUUUUUUAGUGUGUUUGUUCAGUGUACCAUAACCAUUGGUUUAUAUUAUUUUACGUCUUAUUUUUUUUAUCAUUUGAAUAAAUAAAUAAAUAAAUAAAUAAAUAAAUAAACAGUUUGGUUGGGUCUUACAAUUCUCGCUAGAGGGCGACUUUGAUACCGUUCAAAUUGCAAGUGAAAAAAGGAGAGAAGAAACAAAACGGCGAAUGCAAAGCUGGACUUGGACACAUGAAAAUGCGUGUACAACGGAAUAUUUACAACAUCAGAGAAGAUACCAGGUCGCAGUUUAUCAAGUGAAACAGCAGGACACAGCACGGUGUUGAUGGCUGAAAUCUGACACCAUGCGGCACCACUGGCUGCUUCUUGGGGCAUGUGGUUGGGUACUCUUGAUCCUGAUGUUUGCCAGCAAGUUCAUCAACUUCUCCUUCAGAAUCCCAGAUGAUUAUGGUGGCAAGCCUGAGCCAUUGGGUUGGACAGUGAUAGCGACAGGUGACGUAGAAUCACCAUCACAAGUGCCUAAAAGAAAGAUACCAGACACGGAACAUCAGCUUGCUGGCAGUGUUGUCGCUGUGGAUGAACAGGACUGGCAGGCAGUCCACACUGAGCGCCUUGAUCUCAUCUCCAACGUGUGUGGCAAUGCCUCUGUGAAGAACCUCACCCAUACUACAGUAAACAAGUUCGUUCUGGACCGCAUCUUUGUGUGCGAUAAACACAAGAUCCUCUUCUGCCAGACACCCAAAGUAGGCAAUACGCAGUGGAAGAAAGUCCUAAUUGUUCUCAAUGGAGCUUUUUCCAGUAUUGAUGAAAUCCCUGAAAAUGUUGUCCACGACCAUGAGAAAAAUGGCCUGCCACGCCUUUCCGCUUUGACUGAACCAGAAAUAGCAAAAAGGUUAGGUACUUACUUCAAGUUCUUGAUUGUGAGAGAUCCUUUCGAAAGACUCAUAUCCGCUUUCAAGGACAAAUUUUUAUACAAUCCUCGUUUUGAGCCCUGGUAUAAACAUGACAUUGCACCCGUGAUCAUUCGCAAAUACAAGAAGAACCGCUUGGAAACCAAGGGGCUGCAGUUUGAGGACUUUGUGCGCUACCUGGGAGACCCAAACCACAUGCGACUCGAUAGACAGUUCGGAGACCACAUAAUUCACUGGGUCACCUAUGUAGAACUUUGUGCGCCUUGUGAAAUUAAAUACAGUGUCAUCGGACACCAUGAGAGCCUUGAACGGGAUGCUCCGUUUAUUCUGAAGGCAGCAGGAAUAGACCAUUUAGUGUCCUAUCCCACAAUCCCACCAGGCAUUACCUUGUACAAUAAAACCAAGGUGGAGCAGUACUUCUCUGGAAUUAGCAAAAGAGACAUCAGGCGUCUCUAUGCACGCUUUCAAGGAGACUUUGAGCUUUUUGGCUACAAAAAGCCAGAUUUUUUACUAAACUAAACUACCUUAGAACUGUAAAUGUUUAUAUUUGUUUGUUUUUAAGAAAUUUACUUUAAUGCUGUGUGUGCUACAGAAAUAGAUCUCAGAUAUAUGUUCAAUAAUUAGUAAUACACAACUUAGAGGGUUAAUGUAAGGAGCCGGGAGUGCCUAAGUUGCUUGCUUCUACUAUAGCUUCGUAAUAUUUAACAGUUGAAUUCUUUUCACCAAACAUGUUGCAAGUGGCACAAUGGAUUAAAGACCUUGCUUAAAGGUGUUUUAUAAUGUUUUCUUGGCCACAUUGAAUUUACUUUUAAAAUGUUUAAUCAAUAUAUCUUUAAUAUGUUUAAAACACAAUGUUUGAAGACUACAUUCCAUAUUAUAUAUAUUUAAUAUGGAAUGUAUAUAUAAAUUACACUAAUAUGUACUAGAGAUGAGGCGUAUAGUUAAAAACUAUUGUCCCUGAGGUGUAUACAGUGUCUGAGAGGGGAUUAUAUUGCCCAAAGCCACAGGCUGAGGGCUGUAUUGUCCCCUGGAGGACACUAGAUCAACAUGAAAUGAUCCAUAUAUGUUUUAUUAAACACGAUGGCUUUAUCUGUA